UUCUGUGCUGCAGCUCCUGUGGUAUCUUAAAUCUUGAGAUGGGUGAUCAUCAAAGGCAUCGAAUCAUGAUGGUGUCGGAUUUUUUCUAUCCCAACGUUGGUGGAGUCGAGAAUCACGUUUACUACCUCUCACAAUGCUUGCUCGAGUUAGGCCACAAGGUGGUGGUUGUAACUCAUGCCUAUGGAAACCGCUCUGGGGUUAGAUAUAUGACUGGUGGUCUAAAAGUCUAUUACAUUCCAUGGAAACCAUUCUUUAAUCAAAGUACAUUUCCCACCUUGUUAGGGAUGCUGCCAAUUAUAAGAACAAUUCUUAUUCGGGAGAGAAUUACUAUAGUUCAUGGACAUCAAACCUUUUCAACACUUUCUCAUCACGCCCUUCUGAAUUCGAGAAUCAUGGGAUACAAGGUUGUGUUUACGGAUCAUUCGCUGAAUGGUUUUAGUGAUGCUGGAAGCAUCCACAUGAACAAGGUGUUGCAGUUUACCUUGGCAGAUGUGAGUCAAGCUAUAUGUGUUUCCCACACAAGCAAGGAGAACACUGUCUUGAGGUCAGGUUUGUCAGCAGAUAAGGUUUUUGUAAUACCCAAUGCUGUUGACACCGAAGUGUUCAAACCGGCAUUUGAACCUCCCAGCAGAUCAGAGGUUGUUAUUGUUGUUAUCAGUCGAUUAGUUUACCGGAAGGGUGCGGAUUUGCUUGUUGAAGUCAUUCCAGAAUUGUGCCGGCUAUGUCCUAAUGUUCGUUUCAUUAUUGGAGGUGAUGGACCUAAACGUAUGCUAUUGGAAGAGAUGAGAGAACAUCAUUCUCUUCAAGACCGAGUUGAAAUGUUGGGAGCUGUACCACAUACGCAAGUCCGUUCUGUUCUAAUAUCUGGGCAUAUCUUCUUAAACAGUUCCUUAACCGAAGCUUUUUGUAUCGCGAUAUUGGAGGCUGCUAGUUGUGGAUUGUUAACAGUUAGCACACGUGUGGGAGGUGUUCCUGAGGUAUUACCAGAUGACAUGAUUGUUUUGGCAGAACCUAAUCCCACUGAUAUGGUGCGUGCAAUCCAAAAGGCGAUAAGUAUGCUACCAAAAAUUGAUCCGCAAGUCAUGCACAAUCGAAUGAAGGAACUCUACAACUGGCACGACGUUGCGAGAAGGACCGAAAUUGUAUACAGUCGUGCCUUAAAAUGCCCCCAUCAAGAUCUCCUAGAGCAUCUCUCAAGACACCUCUCAUGUGGAGCAUGGGCAGGGAAGCUCUUUUGCUUGGUUAUGAUCUUGAGUUUUUUGCUAUGGCAUCUGCUAGAACUAUGGCAGCCAGCAGAUGGUAUUGAGGUGGUUCCAGAUGUUAUUUUCCAUACAAAUAUGAUGGAUAGAUCUUGCGGGAAAAAAGAAAAUGACAGAUUAUGAGGAGCGUGGUACAUCAUUUUGUUGAAUCCUUUAGUUUUUGUUUGUUGAC